CAAAUUUGAAGUUCCAUAUCGAUUUGCACUGUCAAAUUCUGAUUUUAAUAUCAGUUCAAAUUUCGCGUUCUUCACGAGCAGAAAAUGCUCAACCCUGUCUUCCAUUUUACGUUCCUCAUUCACCAACGGAAAUCAUAAGUGUUCAUGGACAAUAAAAAGUCGAGUUUAAUACAGUAGGGAAGCUAAUGCUCUGGGAAUUUUCAAAACGCUCUUUCUGUUCCUGGAACAUCAAAAAUUUCCAAAAACCGCUAGCACCCUCAUGGGGGAAUGGGGAAUAAAAAAAGCUGACAUCGCUAAGCUUCCAAGCGCCUCAAUUCUCUUAGCUAGAUGUAACUGUUCGAAAAGCCAAGCGAAUCAGACUGAUACUAAACCGAGUGCCAGGUGUAGAAACCACUGGUUAGAAGGAACUUUUCAGGGAGAAACUUUUCAAAUUAAACCGAACGAUACUCAUAUAUUUUAUGUGUGCGAUCAUUGUCAGGAAAGCCAAUUUUAUACUGAACUACGAUCUGUAAAUAAUAACGAAAAAAUCAGAAAUGAGGAACAGGGAAUAAAAGCGACUGGUGAAACUUCCCGAUAUGAAGUCAAGCAUUUAAAGUCCAAAUUUGAUCAGCUACAAAAUGAACAUCAUAAAUUAAUAGCGGUUACAAGUGAGUUGACCACAGCCCUGCAAAUGAACAUAAUCGGCCAAACCAGGAACAUUGGAACGGUUUUAGAACAAUGCAAGCAGAUUUACCCAACUUUGUUUGAAAGUGGAACAUCUGAAGAACAGCCAAAUGAUAACCAGCAUGUAUUACUAAAUGACCAUGAGCUUGAAGUGAUUCAUCCAGAAGAAAUGAAAGAGAUUAAGAAUGAUGACGCAACCAUUAUCAAAUCCAUUAAACCAACUGAAAAUGCUCAACCUCAAGACAUCUUCCUGAACUUGAAUUUGGAGAGUUUAGGUUCCAUUACUCCACUUCCAUCGCCCCUUACUCCCGAAACUGUGCGCUACGUUUUGGAAACGGUUUUUGAAAGAAUUUUUGAGUUGGAACGCUGCCAAACUGCGGAAAUCGAGCCAAAAGAACAACCACUAAAUAAAGUUGAUGUGGAAAAGAUUGUAGGCAACGUGCUAAAUGAGGCGAUUAAAUCGCCUUCCAACUGUGGAGCUGGAGAAGGAGAAUUAUCCAGGCCCGAGUCGGUUAACAUGAGGCAUCAAAAUUCUGUUUAUAUCAACUAUGCUAAACUGAAAGCAGACCUCAUGUAUAGCGAAAAUGAGAAAAGGAUUCGAAUUCUACAGGCUCUUAGAUGGAGAAUUACCAAAAACAAUGGACCGACAAGGGAAAAAGUUAUGGAAUCUUAUGCAAACCACGAUGUGUUAGAAUUACGUGCCAAUAUUAGUAUACCUGAAAGAUUGCUGCUGGGAUACGACAUGGAUCAUUAUGUUCAAGAGUCUGCCUGUAGAUUGAUAAACGCCCUGGCAUCGCUAAGACUUGGAAGAGAUUACCUCACAUUGGAUGAAAGAUUAUUGAAACGAGUUCUCAUAAAGAAAGUUAAAGAUGUAAAAAGCGUGUCCGGUGCCGUGAUUAGAAACAUGUUGGUUGCUAGUGUACAAAAACUGUCGAUAAGGAAACAAUGCAGAAUUCAAAUGGUGAACGAAGGGCUUUUCGAAGUCAUAGUGGACUAUAUGGAUGACUUUUACGAAAAAUUGUCCAAGUAUUGUUUGGAGUAUUGCUCCGCUUUGCUAAUGAACUUAUGUCUGGUAACAGAAGCAAAGGAGAGAUCAACCAAAGACCCCAUAAAAAUCGUUGGUCUUUUAAGAAAAUUUUUAGAAUGCGAAAAUGAAACCUAUCUUCCAUACAUCAACGGAGUGAUGUUCAGUUUGUUUGAAAGAAGCGAAAUUGUUGAUGAGGCUUUGAAUCAACACUUUGAUAAAAUUAUAAUAAAACUUAUUCAGAUAACAACUAACGAAAACAUCAAGAAGCAAUUGGAUUUCAUCCUCCAAGCCCGUUUAUUUGGUAGAAGUGAUCCUACCAUCCGAGAGGAUGACGAUGAGAGCAAAGAAGAGGUUGACCUGUUAGAAGUAGAGCUGGAUCAAGAUGAUUUUAUUACGCAGUUGCCAUCCGGGGAAACGUUAUUGCAAGAAUAUCAGGCUGAAGAUAAUAGCUUUUCACACUUUGCGUUGAGCAAGGAUCCCCCAAAUUCUGCUCGAUCGUUCAGCGAAGAAACAAAGCAAUUUUCUCAUAAACCAUCCUCGAAUAGAGGUAUUUUUGAAACGGCCAAACCUAGAAGGUACGCAACUUGUUCGCAAAAUGUUGCAACCAAAUCUGUUAAGAAUAAAACAUUCAACGCGGGAGGUGGGCGGUAUCCGCCAAAUCCUAUAUGUUAUAUGGAAAAUUGUCAGCGAUUGCAAAAUGGCCCAAAUGUUCAGUGUUCCUGCAGCAAAUGCACGCCAGGGCAAAACAGAUAUUACUGUGGCUGCUACGAAGCUAUUAGGAAAGACAUUGGCGAUUCAGAUAUUAACGUGAAUAUUACCAAGGGUAAGAACAUGGAAUCCCAAUCUAGUCAGUAUGUAAAGGACAAGAAGAAAAUUGGAUCUGAGGCAACUUCCAUUGAGUCUGAUUUGCAAGCAGCUACAUCUAAGGGAAUUUUGCUUCAUCCUAUCUCUACUGAGCAGUUAGUUGCAAAUAACGACAAUAGCGGUUUGUUUGAAAAUUUUUGCGAAAUCGCACUGUUUCAUUUCGAUGCCCGGCACUAAGGAACCUUUUAAUUUUAUUAAUCCGCAGAUCUUUAUGAAAACUAGACAAAUUCACUUCCAUAGGAUGGUUUGCCUAAACCAUUAAUAGAGCACGGUUUUUAAGAUUGCCUUUUUAGUAGAUGUACACUUCUGAAGGCAUGGCUGAAACUAUUUGACCAUCGCUUACCUAUUUUAGGUGGUAGAACUGGAAGCGGAUGCAAAAUUUGUGGCGAAAGGAAAUGCAGUUGCGCGUUUGAAUCGAAACCAAAAAUAACUAGAACGCCAACUCUGUAGUAUAAAAAUAUAAUAUUUUUGAAACUAA